CCUGUGCUGUGUCUGGGUGUUGGUUGUGUGUCCACACAUGGUGACUGUAUGUCCAGACAUUGUAUAUUCAUGUGUUUGCGUGUUGCUGCGUUGUGUGUCUGGGUGUGGUGUUGUGUGUCCAUGCAUGGUGACUCUGUGUCUGGGCAUUGUGUGUUCGUGUGUCGUAUUCAGGCAUGGUGUUGUGCGUCCGGUGCUGUCUUGUGGUCCGUGUCUGUAUGCACCAGGCGUGGAUGUGCCUGUGUCUCUGUGCGUUCUUGUGCGUCCAGGUGGGAGGGUGGGUGCUGUGUAUUGUUUUCUCCCCGGUGUGUGUGUGUGUGAAGAGACUUGGCCACACCUGUGUCCCUGGCUGCCCUGUGCCUCUGUCCAUGCUGCCGGCUUGCACACCUGUGCGCACCUGCCCGCUGAUCCGCUGGCCCUCCCCUCAGGGCGCCUUCAGCCGCUGCUACAAGCUGACGGACAUGUCCACCAGCGCUGUGUUUGCCCUCAAGGUGGUGCCGCGUGGCGGGGCCGGGCCUGGGUGCCUUCGCACACAGGGAAAGGUGGACCGUGAGAUUGCCCUGCACAGCCGCCUGCGACACCGCAACAUCGUGGCCUUCCACGGACACUUUGCUGACCGCGACCACGUGUACAUGGUGCUGGAGUACUGCAGCCGCCAGUCUUUGGCCCACGUGCUGAGGGCGCGGCAGACCCUGACGGAGCCAGAGGUGCGCUACUACCUGCGGGGCCUGGUCAGCGGCCUGCACUACCUGCACCAGCGGCACAUCGUGCACCGAGACCUGAAGCUCAGUAACUUCUUCCUUAACAAGAACAUGGAGGUGAAGAUUGGAGACCUGGGGCUGGCGGCCAAGGUGGGACCAGGGGGCCGCUGCCACGGAGUGCUCUGUGGGACCCCGAACUUCCUGGCCCCCGAGGUUGUCUCCAGAAACGGGCACUCCUGCCAGUCAGACAUCUGGGCUCUGGGCUGCAUCAUGUACACGGUGCUGACCGGCGCCCCGCCCUUCAUGGCCUCACCCCUGUCGGAGAUGUACCAAAACAUCCGUGAGGGCCACUACCCCGAACCCGCUCAUCUGUCUGCCAAUGCACGCCGCCUCAUCGCACGCCUCCUGGCACCCAACCCGGCCGAGCGGCCCAGCCUGGACCACCUGCUGCAGGAUGACUUCUUCACGCAGGGUUUCACUCCAGACCGGCUGCCGGCCCACUCCUGCCACAGUCCCCCCAUAUUUGCCGUACCCCCGCCUCUGGGCAAGAUCUUCCGGAAGGUGGGCCAGCUGCUGCUCACCCAGUGCCGGCCACCCUGCCCCUUCACACCUAAAGAGGCCUCGGGUCCAGGAAAAGAUGGGCCAGACCCUGACUCCAUGGAGUGGGGUGGUGAGAGCUCCCUGUCUGCGAAAGGAGUUCCCUGCCUGGAAGCCCCCAUCCACCUGGUCGCACAUGGGACCCUGCAGAGUGACCUGGCCGGGCCCGAGGGGAGCCGGCGGCCGGAGGUGGAGGCAGCCCUCAGACACCUGCAGCUGUGCCUGGACAUGGGCCUCCCGGCCACACAGGACCCCCUGGGAGAGCAGCGGCUCAUCCUCUGGGCCCCCAAAUGGGUGGAUCAUUCCAGCAAAUACGGCUUUGGCUACCAGCUCUCGGACGGGGGCAGUGGUGUCCUGCUUCGGGACGGCACCCACAUGGCCCUGCGUCCCCCCGGAGACCAAGUGUGCUACAUGCCCGGCCGCGGGAAGCUGGAAACCUUCACCCUGAGGAAUGUGCCCGGCCCGCUGUGCGCCAAGCUGGCCGUGCUGCAGCUCUUUGCCGGCUGCCUGAAGCGGCGGCUGCGGGAGGAGGGGACCCUCUCCACACCUGUGCCACCUGCUGGACCUGGCCUCUGCCUCCUGCGCUUCCUGGCCUCUGAGCAAGGCUUGCUGCUGCUGUUCAGCGAUGGGACGGUGCAGAUGAGUUUCAGUGGAGUCCCGGCCCAACUGGUGCUGAGUGGCGAGGGUGAGGGUUUGCAGCUCACCCUCUGGGAGCAGGGUCCCCCCGGCACCUCCUACUCCCUGGACAUCCUGCGGAGCCACGGCUGCGCCCCCGCCACCCAGCAGCGCCUUCACCACGCCGUCCGCAUGCUGCAGAGUAUCUAAUGCCCCUGAGGGUCAGAGUGGACCCCUGCAUGAUAGUGCUAGGAACCCAGGCUCCAUUUCCAUUCCUGUGGCUCCCCACAGAGGGGCUGUCCUGAAGGAGAGUUUGGGGGCACAUGGGAGGUGGUUCUUGCCUUGUGGCAUGACUGGUCAAGCCAGACUUUGCUGGGAUCUCUUCCUUUUUCAUUAAAGACGAUUUG